UGUGAUAGUUGAAGUCAAUGAUGUUGAAUUGAGUUUGGGGUUUAUGGUAAUGUAAUUUGAAGUGGUUGGAGGUAAGGGAUGGCUAAAGAGAGCAGCAUUGACGUCACUGCAGACUCAGACCCACAGGCUAUGGUGGUUACGAAGAUGAAGACAAGUUGGAUUCUGUUUGAUGCUACUGGCCAAGGGUCCAUACUUGACGUGGACAAGUAUGCUAUCAUGCAAAGGGUUCAGAUCAAUGAACGUGAUCUUCGAAUCCUUGAUCCCUUUCUCUCUUACCCUUCUACCAUUCUCGGUCGUGAGAAGGCUAUUGUUCUUAAUUUGGAGCAUAUCAAGGCUAUAAUCACUGCUAAAGAGGUAUUGCUGCGAGAUCCAACAGAUGAACAUGUGGUCCCUGUUGUUGAGGAACUCAAGAGGCGACUGCCUAAACAAGGAGACUGUAAAGAGUAUCUUGGUGGUCAAAAUGAUAACGAAGCUGCUGAAGAAGAUGAGUCACCGUUUGAGUUCCGUGCCCUGGAGGUAGCCUUAGAAGCCAUUUGUAGUUUCCUUGCUGCACGUACAACUGAGUUGGAGAUGGCUGCUUAUCCUGCAUUAGAUAAACUUACUUCCAAGACUAGUAGUCGUAACUUGGACAGAGUUCGUAAACUGAAGAAUGCAAUGACAAAGCUGACUGCUCGGGUUCAAAAGGUUAGAGACGAGAUUGAACAAUUGCUGGAUGACGACGAAGAUAUGGCUGACCUAUACCUGUCGAGAAAGGCAGGAUCAGCAUCACCAAUCAGUGGAUCAGGUGCUGCGUCCCAAAUCAUAGAAUCCAAUAUAUCCAGAGCAAGUAUGGAAGCGAUUAGUUUAGAUGAAAAUGGCGUGGAUGAGCUUGAAAUGUUACUCGAGGCAUAUUUCUUGCAAAUUGAUGCUACACUAAACAAACUAAUCAUGCUACGCGAGCAUAUUGAUGAUACCCAAGAUUACAUUAACAUUCAAGUAAGCAACUAG